AUGGAAAAAGCUCAAGACCUAUCCGUAAGUGAGUAUUCUCUGGUAGAGUCACCAGACUAUUUGGAAACGGUAGACGAAAAUUUAUCCUUCACCCCCACAAAAAAAGUGUAUAUAAGAGUAAGAGACCUAUCGAUACAAUCUAAUCUUUCGGCCACAAGCAACAGAUUAUUCCAGACAUGCAGAAAAUGCUUCCAAAAGGUCGACGUUGAAUCUAGUGAGUCUACGAAAACUUUACUUUAUCCAAUGUCCUUUGACGUUCCACCUAAUUCCUUGACCUGUAUAGUUGGCGGAAGUGGGUCGGGGAAAACCACACUAUUGAAUGCACUAGCUAAUCGAAAGUUUAAUGUCAAUACAAUAUCCCAGAAAGGAUCUAUUCUCUACAACCAGGACACCGAUCUGAAACAUUACAGGCACGCAUAUGUCAUCCAGCAAGACAUCUUGAUACCGACCCUAACAUGUUUUGAAACGCUGAUGUAUUCUGCCGAGUUGAAGUUACCCAAAUUGACUUCUUGGCAGCAGCGUCGUAACCUAGUUCAUGAGAUUAUUUUGAUUUUGGGCUUGAAAGAGUGUAAAGAUACUUUAGUCGGCCAUAAUAAAAAUAAGGGGCUGAGUGGUGGUGAACGGCGGAGAUUGAGUGUUGGCUUGCAACUGAUUUCAAAUCCUUCUGUAUUAUUCCUUGAUGAACCAACAACUGGACUAGACAACUAUAAUGCCUAUUUGCUCUGCAAAUCGUUACAUCAUCUAGCAAAGCGAUUAAAUAAAACAAUUAUAAUGAGUAUACAUCAACCAAGAGCAGAUAUAUUCAAAUUAUUUGAUGUUGUUUUGAUUUUAUCUAAGGGUAAACUAUGUUAUGGAGAUUCUUUCACAAACAUUGAAGAACACUUUGAAUCUCUAGGCUUCCCCUUGCCCAAGGUUAUGGUAAAUCCUGUUGACUACUAUGUUGAUAUCACAAGUAUAGAUACUCGUACCAGGGCACAAGAGAUUGAAUCUAUGAAAAGAGUAGAUCUGAUAACAGCUGAAUGGGAAAAAAUUAUGACUGGUAUUGCAAAAAUAAAAGGGAAAGAACUACGGUUUUCAGAUGAUGUCACAGAGACUGAGAUUUUUCAGCAAGUGGGGAGAGCUCCAUUCUUAAGAGAAGUCAACAUAUUGAUUAGGAGAAAUUUGACCCUACAAAGAAGGGACCCAUUUGGUUGGUUUUCUAUUCUUUUUGAAGCAUUAUUUUUAGGUCUAUUGUGUGGAUGGAUCUUUUUCAAACCGGAUUCGUCACUUACUGGUGUGAGAACUAUGGAGGCAGCUUUGUACAGCUCUUCAUCCUUACAAUGCUAUUUAUUUAUGCUAUACGAAACCUACCGACUUUGUCAAUUUGAUUUGAAGUUUUUUGACAGGGAAAGAAUGGAGGACUGUGUCUCGGUUCAUGGAUUUUUAAUUGCGAGGAGGAUAUCUAAAUUUAUGACUGAAGACUUUUGGAUACCGCUGUUGUUUUCAGUUACAACCUACUUUAUGUAUGGCUUAAGAACAGACUCGGCAAAGUAUUUCUUCAAGUACUUUGCUGGUAUUCUAAUCUUCAAUUUAAAUACAAUGUCUUUUGCAACUCUUGCCGCUUCGAUUAGCAGAGACGUUCCAAUAGCAACCUUGGUAGGAAACCUGAACUUUACCUUCCAGUCUAUGACAAAUGGUAUGUUUGUUAACGCUACUCAGAUGCCAGUUUAUGUUCGGUGGUGUAAAUAUGUUGCUUAUCUUUGGUACUCAUAUGGAUACCUUGCAAGUAACCAAUUUUCUGAUUUUAUUAGCGAUUGUUAUAAAGAGAAUAAGGAUAAUCCAAACGUGCAAAACCUAUGCUAUCAAUAUACAGGUUCAUAUAUUAUGCAGAAUUUAGGAUUUUGGGAACAUUGGAACGCACUUCCUAUCUGCGUUGUGUUAGCAUUUGCUAUUGGAUAUUACCUUUUGGCUGGUAUUAUUUUUUAUGUGAAACCUUUAGACAUGGCAAUGGGGAAGGAGAUUAAAAACUCAGAUACCAUUGAUAACUCUGUUGAUUACGACGAAAAACUGAAUGACAUAACUAAUGGAAACACGAGUACCGACUAUCUGGACCCACACUCUAAUUAUAUAUGUGUAUCAAUAAGAAACGUUGGCCUAACUGUUGAAAACAGAUUGAAAAAGUCCAACAAGCUUAUAUUAGAUAAUGUGAAUGCUGAUUUCAUUCCGGGAGAAUUGAAUGCUAUUAUGGGUCCUUCUGGUUCAGGGAAAACCUCACUAUUAAACCUUCUGAGUGGAAGACUUUCCUCAAAUUACUUUACUCAGUAUACAUCUACUGGGGAGAUAUAUUUAAACAGUUUUAGGAUUAGAGACUGCAACAUCGUGAAACCCGUUUGCUCGUAUGUUGUGCAAGAAGAUGAUCACUUAUUGUCUGGAAUCACCGUUAGGGAAACUCUGAGGUAUGCAGCUCGUUUAAGGCUAUCAAGGAGCAACAUAUCAGUUGUGCAGCAGAAUAUGAUAGUUGAUGAUAUUAUCCUUAAAAUGGGACUGAGAGACUGUGCAAACACCAUUGUAGGCAACGAGUUACUAAAAGGUAUAUCCGGAGGAGAGAAGCGUCGUUUAUCAAUUGCAAUUCAGCUAAUAGCAUCUCCGAAGAUUCUAUUCUUGGAUGAACCAACUUCAGGCCUCGACUCGUUUACCGCUGCUUCCAUUAUCGAGUGUUUAAAGAAACUAACACAACAUGGAACCACGAUUAUAAUGACAAUCCAUCAACCGCGGACAUUAUCAUACUUUGCUUCUAUUCUCUUACUAGCCAAGGGAGGUAAGGUUGCCUUCAAUGGUCCCGAGAGAGACUUGAUCCCACAUUUUAGCAGCUUGGGAUACCCAAUACCGAUUUACACAAACUUGGCCGACUUUGUGAUUGACCUGAUCUCGUACAAUACCUCUAACGAAACAAUCGAAAUAAAAACCAAAGCACGAGUAAGACAUAUAUUGGAGGCAUGGAAUACACGUGAAUUUUCAGAAGUUGGUGAAAAGGCAAUUCUUUUGGAGACUGAAAAAGAUGUCGAAAAGUCGUUCAAGGCAAUUAUUAAACAAAGAGCAGGUUUUUUUAUCGGAUUCUCUGUCAUCACAUCUAGGCAAUGGACAGGGUUAGUUCGUGAUAAGAACAUUUUGGUUGCUAGAUCAACUCAGGUCUUGGGGAUGGGUAUAAUAUUGAUGCUAUUUUUCUCUAGGUUGAAACACAACACAAGGAGCAUACAGGAUAGAUUCGGGUUGAUCCAACAAUUUACGUCACUAUAUUUUACAGGCAUGUUAAAUAAUAUGUCAUCUUACCCACAGGAAAGAGAUUACUUUUACAUUGAAUAUGCUGAUGAUGCUGUUGGCUCGAAUUCUUUCUUUUUCAGCUACCUUCUAAUAGAAUUGCCUUUUGAGAUAAUAGCGUGUCUUAUAUUUGCCAUUUUUGUUGUUUUUGUUAUUGGUCUACAAAUCAAAGCUGGUAUUUUCUUCACAAUUUUCUACGGAACUUUUAUGGUUGUGAAUGCAGGAGAAUCACUAGGUAUCUCUUUCAACACAAUAAUCGACCAUCCAGGUUUCGCCAUGAAUAUUAUAUCUGUUUUCUGUUCAAUUGGAGUUUGUAUGUCGGGGUUGUUGUCGAUGAAUUUGGACAAAUUUUUAAAAGCAAUUAAUUACGUUUCACCAUUACACUAUUGCGUAAUGCUUGUUGCCAACGAAGUGUUCACCGAUUCUUUGAAACUCACGUGCUCCAAAUCAGAAGCUCUUCCUGAUGGGAAAUGUUUGUUUAGUACAGGUGCUGACGUUCUAGAGUUGUAUGACCUUAAAGUGGAUAAGACUUUGUAUUUUGUUCUUUUCUCGGUGAUAAUUGUUCUACAGAGAUUCAUUAGCUGGUCACUUUUGAAGGUAAGACUAACAAAAUUGAGUAUAAAAAGUUUAGCAAGAAAAUAA